CAUUUAACGACCUUUGACCUUUGGUACUUUUCAGCAAGCUGCUCAGGAUGUGGACCGGGAUACCGCAGCCCGCUGGACGCCAUGAAGGGUCCUCGGGAGGAGAUCAUCUACCUGCCCUGCGUGUACCGCAACACCGGCAUCCUGAAGCCUGACUACCUGGCCACUGUGGACGUGAACCCCGAAUCCCCCGCCUACUGCCAGGUGAUCCACCGGCUGCCGAUGCCGAACCUUCGUGACGAGCUGCAUCACUCCGGCUGGAACGCCUGCAGCAGCUGCUUCGACGACGCCUCCAAGAAGAGAAACUUCCUGAUCCUGCCGUCACUCAUCUCGUCCCGAAUUUACGUGGUUGACGUGGGGACGAAUCCCAGAGCGCCCAAAAUCCACAAGGUACGCACGCCAUGGCACCGGGGGGCGCUGCCUUCACACAGACACACACGGGUACUGAUUAUGGACACGUUCCUCAUAGUAGUCGACUUUUACAAAUGCCACGACCGCCUGGUCACACAAGACAGCAGCAGCGCCCUGCACGGGCUUUCAGCUCCUCGUGGCAGAAAACAAGCAGCUGCUCCCCUCAAGUUUGGACAGAUGACUCCUUUGGGUCUGCUGUCAGAGAGCGAGGAGGAGGAGGAGUUCAUCCAGAGUUCAGGCAUAAGAGUCAUCAGCAUUCCUAGUAAGAAGGUGGAGGGAUGGAUGUUGCCCGAGAUGCCAGGUCUCAUCACAGACAUCCUGAUCUCACUGGAUGACCGUUAUCUGUACUUCAGUAACUGGCUGCAUGGUGACAUCAGACAAUAUGACAUCACAGACCGCAGAAACCCACGGCUCGUCGGCCAGGUGUUCUUGGGAGGAAGCAUUGUCAGGGACGGACCUGUCAGAGUCCUGGAGGACCCAGAGAACCAGCAGCAGCCCCGCCCCUGCAUCAUAAAGGGGAAGCGUAUCGCUGGAAGUCCUCAGAUGCUGCAGCUCAGUCUGGACGGGCGGCGCCUCUACGUGACCACGUCUCUGUACAGCGGCUGGGACAAACAGUUUUACCCCGACAUGAUCAGGGAGGGAUCGGUGAUGAUGCAGAUCAAUGUGGACACUGUGGAUGGCGGUCUGACCCUGAACGAGGACUUCCUGCUGGAUUUUGGUAAAGAGCCCGACGGUCCGGCUCUGGCCCACGAGCUGCGGUACCCCGGCGGAGACUGCACCUCCGACAUCUGGCUGUGAAGCCAUGAUCAUCCUGAGCCUCAGAGUCCAAACACAUUUGAGAACAGCUCAGAUUUCCAUGUAACGUCUGGUGUCACCAUCACGCAUUAGAAUAACUUUGUUGUCCAUCACAUCAGCCGCAGGAAAAAGAACAAAGUGCAGCAGAGAUCAGCACACACACAUAAAGAUAAUCAAUAACAGAAUCAGAUAUAAUCGGUGUUUCUGUACCAGAAAUGAGCCUCAGCAGAUGUGUCCAUGUUUUGUUCAUUAUUCCAAAGCUUCCUCACUGAGUCUCCAUCCAGCCUCGGAAGAACAGGUUAAAGGGCCAUUACGCUUUAUUCCACACUGCAUGUAUGUUUCAGGCCAACUUUGAACUUCCAAAUUCAGGUGAAGCGCCACCCUCAGGUCCUCCCUGCAGGUACAGCACUCUGCUCACGCUGUUGAAAGCCAGCAGGAGGGAAAAUGCAGAAUGCUCCUUUAAAUCGCUCCGGCUCAGGGGAAACUCCCAGAGUUUUUACAGACUUCAUCUUCACAACAUCCGCCUUUCCCCGCUCGCUCUAUUCCUACCUCAUGAAUCAGAUCAGUGAUUCGAUGAUCGAUCAAACAGGAAGCAGAACCGUGAGUCUGUGUCGGUCGAAGUAUGCACACAAACACCAGCAGGGAUAGCUCUGAGGUACCCCUGAGCAAGCUACCAAUAAAGUAUACAUUAUUAUUAUUGUUAUUAUUAUUAUUAUUAUUAUUAUUAUUAUUAUCAUUAUCGCGUGUUGAAGAGGAGCUGGAUCACAGCAGCUUGUUUUUGUAAUGCUCCUUUCAGCCACUAGAGGCUCCACUACCAGGUUAAACUCACCUGCUCUUCUCCUGUCUGAGAGAAAAUUCAACUCGGUAAAAAAAAAAUCAGAUCAAAGGCUUUUCUUGUUGAAUCAAUGAAGUCUGUAAAAUGUUCUUUAAUGUUCACACGCCGGCUGAAAUUAAAACUUUAUCACAAA